AGCUGUGUUAUCCGCUUCGCUUGGCGGUCGGCAGCGGCAGAAGAAAGAAGAGAGGCAUGGCGAUCGUGGCAGGUCUCGUCGCGCCCGCCGCGAAACCUCUCAGGCUCUCCGGCGCGGGGCGGCAGCACCGGCGUGGCUGGCGCGUCGCGGUGGCGUCCUCCUCGGCGGCGGCGUCCGGGGUGGACCUCAAGGCGCUCGGGGCCGCCAUCGAUAAGAAGGACGGCGACGAGGCCAGGCAGGCGCUGGACCAGCUCAAGGAGCUCGGCUGGGCGAAGCGGUGGAGCUCGCAGCCCUACAUGUCCCGCCGCACGACGUCUCUGAGGGAGCUCACCAACCUCGGGAUCAAGAACGCCGAGAACCUCGCGAUCCCGAGCGUUAGAAACGAUGCAGCGUUUCUGUUCACGGUCGUCGGCACCACCGGAUUCCUGGCCGUCCUUGCAGGCCAGCUCCCCGGGGAUUGGGGCUUCUUCGUUCCCUACUUGACCGGAAGCAUUUCCUUGGUAGUACUAGCCAUCGGAAGUAUAUCCCCAGGUCUUCUGCAGGUUGCAAUUGGUUCUUUUUCUGCAGUUUUCCCUGACUACCAAGAGAGAAUUGCUAGGCAUGAAGCUGCUCAUUUUUUGGUUGCCUAUUUGACUGGGCUACCUAUUCUGGGGUACUCUUUGGACAUUGGGAAGGAGCAUGUUAAUCUCGUUGAUGAUCAGUUACAGAAGCUGCUAUACAGCGGUCAGCUUGAUCAAAAGGAAGUGGACAGGUUAGCUGUGAUCUCCAUGGCCGGGCUGGCUGCUGAAGGUCUGCAGUACGACAAGGUCGUCGGCCAAUCAGCCGACCUCUUCACCCUUCAGAGGUUCUUGAACAGGACUAAGCCGCCGCUGGGCAAAGCACAGCAGCAGAACCUUACGAGAUGGGCGGUGCUGAUUGCCGCCUCGCUUCUGAAGAACAACAAGGCGGCGCACGACGCCCUGGUGUCCGCCAUGUCGCAGAAGGCCACCGUGCUCGGGUGCAUCGAGGCGAUAGAGAACGCCUCCUGAUCACGGUGUGAUGAACCUGGGUGCCCUAACAUGGUUGAGGUAGCUAUAUAUUGUUGAAAAGAGGGAAAGAUAUAUAUCUAAUCAAGCACGGGAAGAAACGGUGUUCUUUUUUACUUGUGUGUAUGUCUGUCUGAAACACAACUUUCUGUGCCUCGCUGUUUAGCAGUAGUUGACUGAGGCGUCCCUCGACAGUCAACAUGCUCGCUGUUGGCUGUUCUAAAAAAAGAAGAAGAAAAAAAACAAUGUUGUUGUC